AUGAUUUGCACGCCCAACCACAUCUUCGUGCCGGCGGCGUACCUGGGCAUCACGGGCUCGGGCUGCAUCUUUAGCGGUGCCAACCCGGUCUUUACCGUUGCCGAACUCGGCUACCAGCUCGCCAACACAGAGGCAAAAGCCGUCCUCGCCCAUCCCUCCGUCCUCGCCAAGGUCCUCGAAGCCUCCGCAAAAGCAAACAUCCCGCGGGCCCGCAUCUUCCAGUUCUCAGACGCUCCCGCCACCCUCCCGCCGCAGGACGGCGUCCUCGACUGGAAGGCCAUGCUGCCCCCCUACGAGGAGGCCUACGACUGGCAGUGGCCGGCCCUGACACCCCUUGAAGCCCGCCGCACCGUCGCCACCAUCAACUUCAGCUCCGGCACCACGGGGCUGCCCAAGGGCGUCUGCGUGCCGCACUCGAGCCUCAUCGCAAACGUCGAGCAGGCCAUCCACCUGCGCCACGCCCACCGCCGGCCCGAGUGGGACCUGCAGCCGCGCAACCGCUGGAUCGGCCUGCUGCCGCUGUACCACGCCUACGGGCAGCUGUACGCCUGCCUGAUGGCGGCCAAGACGCUGACGCCCAUCUACGUCCUGCCCAAGUUCCAGUACGAGGACUUCCUGCGGGCGAUCCAGCGCCACGGCAUCACGCAGCUGCAGGUCGCGCCGCCCAUCGUCGUCAUGCUGGCCAAGCGGCCCGAGACGGCGCGCUACGACCUCUCGAGCGUGCGGCACGUCAUGUGCGGCGCCGCGCCCCUAUCGCGCGAGCUACAGAUGCUGUGCCAGGACAAGUUUGGCUUCCGCAUCACCCAGGGCUACGGCAUGACGGAGCUGACGUGCAGCGGCAUCACCUUUGCCGAGGGCCUGGAGGGCGACAACCUGGGCUCCGUGGGGAGGCUGCUGCCCAACUGCGAGUGCAAGCUGCUCGACGACGGCGGCAACGAGGUGGGCGUGGGGGAGCGCGGCGAGCUGUUCAUACGGGGGCCCAAUGUGUGUCUGGGGUAUUGGCGGAACGAGGCGGCGACGAGGGAGUGCUUGGAUGAGGAGGGCUGGUUCCGGACGGGCGAUGUUGCCGUCGUGAACGGCGAGGGCUUGUUUUCGAUUGAGCUCAUCAAGGUCAACGGCCUGCAAGUCGCCCCGGCGGAACUCGAGGCCGCCCUCCUCGAAAACGAGCACAUUGCCGACGCCGCCGUCGUCGACAUUAGAUUCGGCGAAGAUGAAUGGCCCCGCGCCUACGUCGUCCUCCAGCCCGCCUCCAGGGGCAAGGUCUCGCCCAGGGACAUCCAGGACUGGGCCGCCGCGCGCGUGGCCAAGCACAAGCGGCUCGUCGGCGGCGUCGCCUUCAUCGACGAGGUGCCCAAGCUGGCGAGCGGCAAGAUUGUGCGCAAGGUGCUGAAGCAGUGGUCGAAGCGGGAUGCGGAGGAGAUGCUCAAGGCUGGGACUGCGCCGGUGAGGGCGAGGCUGUAA